AUGACGGGUCCAGAAUUUCUGGCAAACCUACCAGAAGGCAUAUCAGCUUGCCCGUUCUUACAACAUGGAUGUCAUAAGGUUGGAAGCGAAAUGGAUGUAAAAGUGCACAUACGUGAUGACAGAAUUUUCCACCUUGUUCUUCUAUGUCGUGCGGUGCUUGAGUUGCGAAGAGCUCAACUGAAGAUACUACGAGAGCAACCGCAGAAGAUCUUGCGUGUAGAGAAACAACUUAUGCCAGCUUAUUCUGUUGUGAGGAAAUACGGGUAUGGUAGUCAUUUAGCUCAAAGGCUAGACACUAGAGCUGCGGUCUGA